UCGUCUGCCUCACUUUUUAUCUUCCCGUAACCGCGGUGCAUUCGCCGUUCACUUCAUUCUCACCGUUGUCUUACUCGCGUCUCCGCCAAGCUCCAUUCCCCCUCUCCCAAAAUCCGCCAAGCUCUCCCGACGCCGUCGCCUUCCCAGCGUCUCUUCACCGCCUUCACAUCGUCCUCUCCUUCACCGUCGUCCUCACCUUCGAGUUGUGCCUUCCAGCGGCUGCCGUCCAAGUUCCAGCUGUCGCCUUCUAGUCAUCUCCUUCCUGCAGUCGCCAUCGGUGCCUCGUUCCGUAUUAAUCAAGAAGCACCUGUGGAUAUUUUAUAAUCAAGAAGCUCGUCUCUUCACUUUCUUCACUUUCCCAGUCGUGCACGUCGUUGCAUACUUGUCGCCAUCGUCGGUGUUGUUUCUCAGUUCCAGUCCUACAAUGAAGAUGUUUCGGGUCGAGGAGACCAAGGCUCUUCAACACACCGCAGUACAAGAACAAGAAGUUGCUGCAUUUCACCAAAUAAACAAGACCAAAAGAAAGAAAAAGAGGGCAAAAGUUAUAGAGGAAAAUGAAAACACUGAGAUCGGUACAGAGGUGAAUAACAACAACGUUUCAACGACCUCACCACCAGACGAACCUAAUUGCGUCAUAUCUAAAUUGAAAAAGAAGAAUAAGAAGCCUAUGGAAGUUGCAGAGGAAGAAGAAAAGGCAGAGAAUGAUGCAGAGGUAGUAGCAACAGGAACAUGCUUGAAUGAACCUAAUGGCUCAGAAUCAAAAUUGAAAGAUAAGAAGAAAAGAUUGUUAAAGGAAGCAGAGAAGGCGGACAAGCGAGGCGUUUGCUAUCUGAGUCGGAUCCCUCCUCACAUGGACCACGUCAAGCUUCGUCACAUUCUAUCUCAAUUCGGAGACGUACAACGCAUCUUUCUUGCCCCUGAAGAUUCUAGUGCUCCAGUCACAACUAAACGGUCACGGGGUGCACGAGACCAAGCAUAUUCAGAAGGAUGGGUUGAAUUCAAGAAUAAAAGUCUAGCAAAGAGGGUUGCCAAUAUGUUGAAUGGUGAACAAAUAGGGGGGAAGAAGAGGUCAUCAUUCUACUAUGACCUUUGGAAUAUUAAAUACCUAAGUAAAUUCAAGUGGGAUGAUCUCACUGAAGAACUAGCACUAAAGAAAGCUAUUCGGGAGCAAAAGUUAGCUUUAGAACUUUCUGCUGCCAAGAGAGAGAGGGACUUAUAUCUUUCCAAAGUUGAUAAGUCACGUGCUUUGAAUGCAAUAGAGGAGAGGCUAAAGAAGAAGCAGAAGAUUCAACAAGACUCUGGACAAGUCGCAAAAGUGAUUCGCCAUUUCCCCCAAACGAAGCCGAUAACUUAUAAUGCUAAAGAAAGUAAACAUGGACUCUCUGAUGAUAUACUGGAUGCUGUAUUUGGUGGUUCGUAAUCCAUGUGUUGAUACUUCAGCAUCAGGAGUUCAGAACCCAAAGAAUAGCACUGCCAAUUUUGUAACAUGCAUAUAGCAAUUUUCUGUAUUCAACCUUGCUUUUUUUGGUAAUAUCUAGAAGAUGUUUUUUAGUGACAGAAGGUUUUUGAAGUGGAAAAUUGAAGUAAUCUAGAAAUAUAAGUGAGUUUUUGUAUGCAAUGAAUUUUUGUUCCAUUGCUAUACGCCUUCUAACGGUUAGUUUUAGCCUUGUAGGCUAUUGACCGAAGUACGAUAUUUGGAUUCAAUUUUUUUUCCUCUAA